UAUUAUGUGUCGUUUAGAUGACAAUUAGCUGGUCUGCCUACAUUGGACAAUGUUAGCUAACGCCAUGCAGUUAAAAUAGCUGUCUAGCUAACGACGUUAGCGAGCUAGCAGAGGUCUGUCAAAAGCUUUCAAGCAUAUAACGUUAUUUGUUAGCUAACGUUAGCCUGGCUACAGUCAUUUAUCAGUAUGAAGUUAGCUAGCUAGAUAUUCUAAUCUAGAGGAGAGCUAGAUAUUCUAAUGUAGCUAGCUGCUACACACGAGAAGUUAGCAAGACCUUGAACACAAAAAAAACUAGCAGGAUCGCAAAAGUAGUUAGUACAGUAGCUAGCUGGCACGGUUGUCUAGUUGGCCAACGUUGUCGCGAGCCAACUGACGUUAACUAGGUUUCUAACUAGUUAACUAGCCAGAAAGCGUUGCCGUUGUCUUAGCAAGCUAGUCAUAUUUAAAGGCCUGUUGUAUAUUUAGGCCUCCCGUAUAGACCACAAUAUGAGCUAACGUUGGUUGACAGGCAGGCUGGAGGGCUUGCACGAUAAUUGAUGGACACGGAUUGAAAUAAUCUGAUAAUGAAACUAAAAUAGCCAAAUAAUUGACUGACUAGCAAGGUAACUACCGAGUUAUCAAACAUUUUAGAACUAGUAGUUUGUUAGCUAGCCAUCACGAAAUAUUGUGCGCAGACGCUGGCUGACAUCUUCACCAGACACUUUUGUAUUGUGCGCUUGCUGAUAACUAAUAUGGCAAUGAUUGGUUGACGCAAUACUGUUUUGCGGUAGUGCAUAGUUAGUUAGCUAACUACCUAUGCAGUUGCGAACUAACUAGUUAGCGACACUAUAUUUUCCAAUUUAGCUCUCCAAUGCUAGCCCGUGCUAGUUAAAUUAGGGACCAAUAGCAGGCUACCGGUCUCACACGAGUUGCAUGUACUAGUACCAAAAUCAUAAUGGAAAAGCACCAUGCAAUCUGCAGAGCUACAAUUGUGAAUUAGAUAUUCCCUAUCUAGUUAGUUAAUACUUAAAAGCCUUACACACACGCAUAUAUGAUGUCAUAAGGUGAAUGCACCAAUUUGUAAGUCGCUCUGGAUAAGAGCGUCUGCUAAAUGACUUAAAUGUAAAUGUAAUGUAAAUGUAAUAUAUGUGUGUAUGUUAUAUCUGCUGGUCUACGUCAUGCUGAAGGUGGUCACAUUGGAGGAGAGCAGAGUUGCCCCAACUUGAUCUUGGGGCCUCCACUGGGUGCAUGUUUUGUUUUUUUCCCAUGCACUACACAGUUGAUUCAAAUAGCCAACUCGCCAAACUUUGACUAUUUGAAUCGGCUGUGUAGUGUUGGGGGGACAAAACAAUGUGUACCCAUUGGGGUGGGUUGUGGAAACCCUGGCGUAGAGAAGUGGUGCCUACAUUAACACACUUUAGCCUGUGAGGGAAAGAUGUAUUGACCACCUGGUGAAGUUAAAAGGUGUACUGAGAUUAAUAUCGAAUUGGCCAGAGUUCAAACUGGGGGCGGGGUAGAUGUCAGUGAUUUCAAUUUGUUAACAUGUGACACAUCACAUAUGUGACCAGGCUAGGUCUUGCUUUAGUGCUGGUUGGUUAUAUUCUUGCCUCCAGUGCUGGGUUCUAAUUCUAAAUGUCGAUGCCAUGCCAAAACAUAGGUCAGAGUCUGUGCCAGAUUUUGGGUUCACAGGUCAGGUGAUGUUCCCACCUGGAAACAGGUUGCCAAAGCAGAUCAACCGACAGACCAAGCUGGUACAUCACCCUCGGUCUCAGUAGGACUGUGCACUCGUUGCUUGGUCGACCACGGUAACUCACCACCAUGCCGUUUCCCUUUGGCAAGUCCCACAAGUCACCGGCGGACAUCGUCAAGAACCUGAAGGACAACAUGACGGUGUUGGAGAAACACGACAUCUCUGACAAGAAGGCUGAGAAGGCCACAGAGGAGGUGUCUAAGAGCCUGGUUGCGAUGAAGGAGAUUCUGUAUGGCACUAAUGAGAAGGAGCCCCAGACAGAGGCGGUGGCCCAGCUGGCCCAGGAGCUCUACAACAGCGGCCUGCUCAGCACCCUCGUAGCUGACCUGCAGCUCAUCGACUUUGAGGGUAAGAAGGAUGUGGCUCAGAUCUUCAACAACAUUCUGAGACGUCAGAUCGGGACACGGACGCCCACGGUGGAGUACCUCUGCACUCAGCAGAACAUCCUCUUCAUGCUGCUCAAAGGGUACGAGUCUCCAGAGAUCGCUCUGAACUGUGGCAUCAUGCUGAGGGAGUGUAUCAGGCACGAGCCACUGGCCAAGAUCACCCUGGGGGCCGAGCAGUUCUACGACUUCUUCAGAUACGUGGAGAUGUCCACGUUCGACAUCGCUUCAGACGCAUUUGCAACUUUUAAAGACUUGCUAACGAGACACAAGAUUCUGAGUGCAGAGUUCCUGGAGCAGCAUUACGACAGGUUCUUCAGUGAAUAUGAGAAGUUACUCCACUCAGAGAACUACGUGACUAAAAGGCAGUCCCUCAAGUUGCUGGGAGAGCUUCUUCUGGAUCGACACAAUUUCACCAUCAUGACGAAAUACAUCAGCAAGCCAGAGAACCUCAAGCUAAUGAUGAACCUUCUUCGGGACAAAAGCCGCAACAUCCAGUUUGAGGCCUUCCACGUCUUCAAGGUGUUUGUGGCCAACCCCAACAAGACACAGCCCAUCUUGGACAUUCUUCUGAAGAACCAGACCAAACUCAUCGAGUUCCUCUCCAAGUUCCAGAACGACAGGACGGAGGACGAACAGUUCAACGAUGAAAAGACGUAUCUGGUCAAACAGAUCAAAGAUCUGAAGAGGCCAGCACCCCAGGAGGCCUGAGAGAGGGGCUUAAGGUGUCCAGACAACAUCUGGAUAACAGACUUGUCAGCAGCUGCUGCUGUUCUAGUUUUUCCACCAUUUGAGGAAACGAAACUGAAAAAAAUAACGCACCCACAUCAAGUCAUCAGGAAUUCUCCAGCUCAUACUGCUGUUCAACACAACGGACAAUUUUUUUUUUUUCUGAAUUUUUUUUUUUCUCCUUUAAAAAGAAGAGCUGAACAUAAUAGAUGCUGCACAUUAAUACAUGUGGAAGGGUAACAUCAACAACACAACAAAGGUCAUUUAAGCAAAUAGUAACAAUGAAAUCUACUACAUUUGAGCGCUAUGCAGACUUCUGACGCACACACAUAUGCUAUAAUAUCAGCAUAAACCUUGAGAUGGAAAGGUACUAGCAAAGUGAACAUUGGGGUGUUGGUUGCAUGCCUUGUUCAAAUGUGACUGAUACAUGGCUGUGCUUGGGGCUAAAUGCUGGCUGAGAGAUUACAUUUCCAGUCUUGCCCUGUCUACUUAGUGCCACAGACGGCAAAAAGCACAUACCAGCUACAACUCUUAUCUAUGCCUUCAUCGUGUGCAACAGUGAUUCAUUUUAAAAUGGGCUCUCAAAUGGCCUCACUGAACCAUGCAGCUAUUGGUGUUGUGAAACAGUACAAAGCAGAUGGUAUGGAUAAAAUGCUAGAAAUUAUUUCGGUACAUGCCUGAAUUGGGUUUCUUUUUUUGUUCUGGGAAAGGGUGAACGUGUACAUAUGCCACUAGUGUUUUUUUGCUUUGUAGAUUUUGUUGAAAUGUUGACACAUGGCUAUACAGUACUAGUCAAAAAUUGUCACCUGCUCAUUCAAGUUUAAAAAAUGUUUUUAUUUUAAAUGUGUACUAUUUUCUAUGUUGUAGAAUAAUAGUGAAGACAAAUUAUGAAAUAACAUAUGGAAUCAUGCAGUAAUCAAAACAUUUUUACUUUUAGAUUCUUCGAAGUAGCCACCCUUUGCCUUGACAGCUAUACACACUCUUGGCAUUCUCUCAACCAGCUUCACCUGGAAUGCUUUUUCAACAGUCUUGAAGGAGUUCCCACAUGCUGAGCACUUGUUGGCUGCAUUUCGUUCAUUCGGUGGUCCAACUCUUCCUACCCAUCUCAAUUGGGUUGAGGUUGGGUGAUUGUGGAGGCCAGGUCAUCUGAAGCAGCACUCCAUCACUCUCCUUGGUCAAAUACCCUUACACAGCCUGGAGGUGUGUUGGGUCAUUGUCCUGUUGAAAAACAAAUGAUAGUCCCCCUAAGCGCGAACCAGAUGGGAAGGUGUAUCACUGCAGAAUGCUGUGGUAGCCAUACUGAUUAAGAGUGCCUUGAAUUCUAAGUAAAUAACUGACAGUGUCAUCAGCAAAGCACCCCCACACCACCUCCUCCAUGAGUCACGGUGGGAACC